GGGGCCGCGCGCGCGCAGGAAAGCGGAUGACCACCGAGGAGGAGCUGUCACGUCACGGAUCCGCAGCGAGAUGCUGAGGUGACAAGCAGAAGAGGGAACCGCACGACCUUUCUCCCCGUCCCUCCACACACAAACACACACACACACACCACUAUAUUUCUCCCUCGCACCGGUUCUGUUUGGGUUUUUUUUUUUUUUUUUUUUUUUUUUGUCUCCUCCGAUCACGCCAACACCGCCUCCCCUCUGCCGAUCCCUAUGGACGGUCCGCGCGUCAUGGCAUUCCUCUCGAAACCUUGAGGAUACUUUGUAACCACACCCGGCUCUUCUUUGGAUCAAGGAUCGCCGAGGUCUCUGCAUCAGCUUCCAAAUGCCCGGCCCAGUGUGAGGCUCCUGGUCAAAGGGCAGCAGCGAGGGCAGCGUCCCCGGAUCCGCAGACGGGAUGAGCGGGGGAGCGGAGCAAGCUGACAUCCUGAGCGGCCUCUCCCUGGUCAAGGAGCGAUGGAAAGUGGUAAAGAAGAUAGGGGGUGGCGGUUUCGGGGAGAUCUACGAGGCACAGGACCUGCUGACGCGGGGCAGCGUGGCGCUGAAGGUGGAAUCGGCCCAGCAGCCCAAACAAGUGCUAAAGAUGGAGGUCGCCGUCCUGAAGAAGCUCCAGGGUAAAGAUCACGUGUGUCGCUUCGUGGGAUGUGGCCGCAACGACCGCUUCAACUACGUGGUGAUGGAGCUUCAGGGUCGAAACCUGGCAGAUUUGAGGAGAAGCAUGCCUCGGGGAACGUUCAGCAUCAGCACCACCCUGCGUCUGGGGCGCCAGAUCCUGGAGGCCAUAGAGAGCAUCCACUCUGUUGGAUUUUUGCAUCGGGACAUCAAACCGUCCAACUUUGCCAUGGGCCGCUUCCCCAGUACCUGUCGGACCUGCUACAUGCUGGACUUUGGCUUGGCUCGGCAAUUCACCAAUUCCUGUCAGGAGGUCCGCCCUCCUCGUCCAGUCGCAGGGUUCAGGGGAACAGUUCGCUAUGCCUCUGUCAAUGCGCACAAGAACAAGGAGAUGGGUCGUCAUGAUGACCUGUGGUCUCUCUUCUACAUGUUGGUGGAGUUUUUGGUCGGGCAGUUGCCGUGGAGGAAGAUUAAAGACAAAGAACAUGUGGGGAAACUGAAGGAGACUUACGACCAUCACCUGAUGCUCAAACACCUGCCGGCAGAGUUUGGUGUAUUCUUGGAACACAUUUGCAGCCUUGACUAUUACACCAAGCCUGACUACCAGCUGUUGAUGUCGGUGUUUGACAACAGCAUGAAAACCUACAACGUUGUGGAAAACGACUCUUACGACUGGGAGCGAACCACCACGGAUGGCACGCUGACCAUCAGCGCCAGCGCCACAACGCCGCAGCAUCACACCCGACUCACUCCCGCGCAGAUGGGCAUGGUGAACGCCUCUCUGAUCCCCGGCGACCUGCUGAGGGAGAACACGGAUGAGGUUCUGCAGGACGAGCAGCUCAGCGACGUGGAGAACAACCCCGGCCUCGACCGCGUGCCGGGCUCCCCCCACCACCAGCAUCGGAACCAGGAGGCCGACGUCUGGGAAGAGCUGGACCGAAACCGGAACCGGAUCAGGAUGGGACACUGGAAGGCUGCGGAGGAGGAACAAGGCAAUAAGCAGGCCAGACAAGGACACCAGAGCCCCUACGCAGGACCGAGUCUGGGCUCUCCCGUCAAACCACACUCGGAGGCAGUGGCUUCCGAUCGGGAGGGCCCUCUGCUGAGAAAGCUCCGCAACAUCCACAGCUUGGACCUGGAGAGGAGGCUGGGCCUGGAGUCAAAGUCCAGCCCGGAGCGUCUCCUGGAUAACUGUUCGGGGAAACAGCAGCUUAGCGCCCAGCACCAGGGCAAGGAGGCUGCUGUCAUCCCAGCAACUCAGGGUCAAGCUGGAGGGGAGCGCCCUGAUCGCGUCUGGCAUUACGACGAGGAGUUUCUGUCCGGAGCUGGUUCUCCUAAACCGGCGUCACCGGGGUCUUUUGAGCAGGGAGAGGGGGCGGCCAGUAGCGGUGGCUUUGUGGCGCUUAAUCUGAGCUCUGGGAGGCAGGACAUUGACUCAAGGGAGUGGGUAAUGGUGGAGCGACCCACCGGCUCCCCUGGAGCCAAAGCCACAACAAGCCCAUCGGAGGAGGAUGAGGAGCCAGAGGUGCUCCAACCAGAGGAAGCGUCUCCCGGAUGGGAAAAGAGAAGCCCGACCCCUAACUCUGGCAAAGCUAAGCAAGAAAGUGCAGCUUCCUCCAAAGGAAGCGUAAAAGUGGACAAGUUGGAGCUCAGUGUGGGCCCCGCGGGGGCUCUGCCUCCGAUUACCCCAACCAGCCCAGCUGAAGCUCUGGCAGAGGGAAUCCUGACUCAGUUCCCCACCUCUCCUCCGUCUCUGCCCGAGGAGGUCUUGGCGCGGACGUCCAGCCCCAUCCCGCUGCGCUCACCCAGCCCUCACACCCUCCUCACCACGCUGUCGGACCCGCUGCACCUGCGCCAGUCCGCGGGCUUGAGGCGCAGCCAGUCCGCCGACCAGCAGCCGCAGCAGGAACGCCCGUCCUCCUCCACCUCCUCCCUCCCUCUGCCAACAAACCCUUCCCCGGGCGCUCGCUCGCCCAGUCACAGGAAACUGCCGGCCAUCCCCGCCGGCGCCGCCAACGCCAAGUUCCCCUCAGUCAUACGCAUCACCCGCGCCCAGCUUCAGCAGCUGACAGCUCAGCGUCCUUCAGGUCUGUCUUCGCAGUCGGGAUCAGACAGCGCUCCACAGUGCCUCCUGCUGGAGAGGCAUGGUGACGCUGAAGGUGAGACUCAGCAGAUCAACUCCCAGCAGGAACAUGCGCCCACCCAUCCGGGGACGCCGACGGACCCGCCGGCUGAGAUGUUGGCGAACGGGGACGCUCACGCCAAAGCUCAAAGCCCCGGGCCAAGCCGCGCGUCUUCGCCUCGCUCCCCCCACUCCCCCCGCUCCUCCCACUCGCCUCCUCAGUUCUCUCCUCGCUGCCCCCUUUUUGCAAACGGCUGCGUCUCUCCUCCCUGUAAUGCCCAAGCCGCCGGAGAGCUCUCCAAACACAAAGACCCCGACAAUGACGCCGACCCGGUCCCAUGUGCGAUGAAGGCACAUACUAGGGAGGAAGACAGGGGGAACGUGACCCUUACCCCCACUUGCUCCUCAUCGGCUGCCCCCCGCAAGGACCCCAGCCGCAGGCAAAGUCGCAUCCCCGUGCUCGAGCCCUCCAGCCUGCUCGAGCUCCCCCCUCCGGGGUCUGCCAAGGAGAAACUUUUGCAGAAGAAAGCCAGCCACCACGGCCCCGUCCCCUCUCCCUCCGCCUCCCCGUCCCUCUCUGACCGCCGCGGCGCCGCUGUAGCCUCCCUCGUCAGGGACCCGCUGUCGUCCGCCUCCGACCGCUCUCAGGACGAGGACUCCCUCGUCGGCUCUCGCUCUGACCGCCAGGGGGACGAGGGUCUGUCCUUGUCCUCCUCCUCCAGCCCCCUCUCUCGGAAGAGCAGGAUCCCUCGUCCCGUUCACUCGGCCGCCUCCGCAGAGCAGCUGACCGCCCAGUUCCUGCCACGCCCGCCCCCGGGGAAGCCACCUUGUCGCGCCCCAGUGGAGGGCAGACUCAGGCGCUACCGCAUCCGGGCCGGCAGUACCAGCGACUCGGACCUCCUGUCAUGCAUCGCUCAGCUGAUGCACGGCUCCCGCGGCUCCCCGCUCCACCACUGCUCCCCGACGCAGCACGGGGCCUCCCGGAUGGGCGUCUGCAGCCUGACCAGCUCCCCGCAUCACCACCACCACCAUCACCACCACCACCGCAGCUCCAGCGCCUCGCCGCGCAGCUCCUCCUCGCUGCAGCGCUCCGUCAGCUCCUCGCCGUCCCGCCACGAGCACCGCAGCGGAGGGGGCGGCGGCGGCGGCUGCCUGGGCCGCAGCCACUCGCCGCCCAGCUUCUCGGGGUCGCCGCCUCCGCGCCGCUUCUACCUCCACCACCAGGAGACGUGCUGCAGUCGGCAGGCGCGCACGAGCCCACUCCACCUGUCCCGGGGAAAGGGCUGCAGCCGAGAGGGCAAGUGCUCCAGCAAGCUGAGCAGAUAAUUACGCAGCGGAUUGCAACGCCAUAGCAAGGGAAGUGAGGAUUCCAGUGACGAUAGGAUAGACGUCAGUCGGAAAAUGAACCUGAGUUUUUCCUGUUCAGUCAGUGAAAUAGCCAGUUCCCCUUCUGUCAUGUUAGUUCCAGACCUCCUUCUCGUCUGAGCGCUCCCUUCCUCCCGUGCUUAUACACAGGGUUUGUCUGACCUUUCAGAUGUUUUGACUACUCAGUAACUUAAAUAUCAUCUUUUGUUUCAGUUUCAUCUUUCAAUCUUGCAGGUAUAACUAGCAAGAACAAAAAUUAAUAAAUAGAGUCUGCAUCCGGACACUCGUUUUACUAAAGCUGUGUCUCUAUCAUGCUGCAGGCAGUAGUAUAAUAUAGAACAAUAGCUAAGUUGAGCCUUUCUUUUUGACCUAUCCUGUACAUUGACAUACACCGAUCAGGCAUAACAUAACCACCCGCAGGUGAUGGGGCAGCUUUGACUGAGUAGGACAGUAGCAGGGAGCAAGUGAAUAUUUUCUCCUCAAAGCUGAAAAACUGUGAGGAUUUGUGUGUGUUUGACAAGAGCCUAGUUGUUCUGGGUCAGAAUCUCUGAAGCUGCUGGUCUUUUAGGUCGAUCCUUGUCUUCAGUGGUUGUUAUCAAUUAAAAGUGGUCCAAAGAGGGAGCCACAGUGGGUCGGCGAAGUUGAUCGGUGUGAGCUAAUGCAUCUGGGUGGAUCUGUGGUCCGACCAAACAUUUAAAAUACUCCAGCUCGAUUGCUUAAGAAAAUAGUGCCAUUUCUAAUAGAAAAGUGUCACAACAUGCAGCGCAUCACAGUUUGUUGCGCACGCGGCUGCAUGCGCCACCCCCCUCAGCAUGACGCUGACUCCCGCCCCCACCCCCCCGUUCACUACUGCACAACAAUGGCCAGGUGAGUAUCUGAACUGACCCACCCGAAGCGAUGAGAAGAGUUUUGGCCGGUCUGAUUAAUCGCCUUUUCUUUUAGACCAAAUGGAGAACAUGUGUAAUCUGUGGGAUAUGUGCGAUAUGAGCAGUUGCUCAAGAUGGCAUAAAAAAAUAUAUAAAAAAAAAAUGGAUGGCACCAGAUUAAAAAAAUAAAAUACAAACUUCUGUGCUGGGUAAGUUUCUCUCCUGCCUUAAGGUGCAGUCAAUGGGGAGUUGCUGCGGAGGGAGACUGAAUAAGGUGGUUUGUGAGGAACUUCACAGGAUUUCAUUGUGUGCUCAAACUUCUCCAUUUUCAUUGGUUGGAGUUUAGCACAGGGUGCCACUCAGGCAAGAACUGCUGCUGCUUAGGAAAACUAGGAAACCAUGUUAGAAGAAGGUAGCCCAGGAGAAAAAGUAUAAUGCUUUUGAAGUUGAAGAUGUUUCGUUGGGUUUCGUUCCUUUUACCAGGUGGCUGUUGUGUUAUUGUAGACCCUGCUGAUCAUCCUUUUGUGGAAGUGGGUUUGGCCUCUUUUAGCAGGACAAUGUGCCCCACGUCAAAACAAAAUAGUCUUCAGGAAUGCUGUUGGCUUUUGACUUGACCUCUAGUUCCUCCAGAUCUCAAAUUUUUGGAUGCGCUGAAACGUUUUUGCAACUUACGGGACCCAGGAGGAUCCUGGAUGCCCUACCACACUUUCUGAGGGUUUGGUGGAGUCCAAACGUUGAUGGGUCAGAGCUGUUUGGCAGCUGACACCAACGCGCUACCAGGCAGGUGGUUAUAAUGUUAUGCCUGAUUAGGUGUUAGUAGUGGUUUAAUCCUUGUUUUUUUUUUUUUUAAUGCACAGUGUAGGUGAUUCCAACUCAAUGAAGAAUUUGCCUCGGUUCUGCUUUUGGAGGCUGCACGCAGGGUAUUAUGGUACGUUUAUUGCUAAAUUAAGCUAUACUUUGUCGAAAGUUGUUUUUAAAAAAAAAAGUAUUUAUUGUAAAGCUUCUUCAAACCUCCUUCCCCAGGCGUGUGACCGUCACAUUAGUUUCAAGUGGAUUGCUCAGUGGCCCUCUAUACAAUCAGCUGUGUAAAGUGCGUGACAUCGCGCACCGUUUUGUGCCUACUGUGAUGCUGUGAGGUUAACUUAGGAUCUUUAGGACAGGUAUAAGUGGAUCAUGUUUUUGUUUUGUUUUGGUCAAGUGGUCAUGGUUGACAUAGGCUGAACAGCUUAAGGUGCAUUACUGGUGAGUAAUGCAUGGACACAAACCUUUCUCUCAGCAUGUGCCUUGGCACUUUGGGCAGCUUAAAGAUUUACUCUCAUGUGUUUGUAAUUUGGGAAUAAAAGGCCAAAAAGACUUGUGCCAGCACUUAAAAAGUUGAACCUUUACAUUGACCUUCAUUUCUAUGACCAAGGUAGCAAGAUGGACAUUUUGUAGUUUUUUGAAAAAAGUAGCUCUUAUUAUUGGGGGGGAGACAGUUUUCAGGUUUCAGGGUUGAUGUAUAUCUAUGUGUCGCUGUUUUUGGCUUUGAACAAAAGCAACCUCAAAAAACAAAACAGGAAAAAAAAAAAACAACCCUUUGACAAUACAGAAAAUCGAGGCCAUACGAUCAUGUAUUUCACAAAACAAAACAAUGCUUUAAACCUCCAUGUAUCCUGCACUGAAGACCAUUCCUGGCUGCUGUUGUAUCAGUUUUAUCUCAUCUCCUCGCCAAGCCUCCUCCUCCGGACCCUCCGCUUGUACAAUAAGCCUCCUUCAACUGCUACUCUUUGCAUGGUGAGAAAACGCAGACAUAUAUACCAGAUGUGGAGCAAAAGAGCCGCACAGUGCUCUUUUGCUCCACAGCAUUCUUCUUUUAACCCAAUGAGAAAAUCAUUACCUGAAGAAGUCAACAGGUUUAAUUCCUUAGACCCUGUGUCUUUGUGCUUCUCGUCCUGAUUUGGGUCAAUUAUGUUGCUGCUUACAGUGUCUUGGAAAAAUACUGACAUACCUCCAAACGUUGUACUGGAGUAAGAGCAGCACUUCUCCAAAUACAUUUUUUACUCAAUAAGAAGUAAAAAGCAGCCGUCCGAGAAUUCACUCAGUCGAGAGUGAAAAGUAUUUUAAAACCACAUCGUCAAAUGGACUGAAAUAAAAAGUUACAUGAAACUUCAACAAAAAACUUUUGGUGCGUGUCUACGUCCGGCGAAUUUUUGGCUGAAAGAAGCUUCUUCGUCGUUCAGUGAAGUUACUCACAGCAGGUAGAGCAGGUAAAGUUACACCAAGAGAAUUACAUAUUCAUAAUGAAACUACUCAAGUAAAAGUAAAAAAAAUACAGUGUUGCAAAAAUAGUCCUAAAAGUUUUUAUAUGUUACAGAAGUAAAUGUACAUUAGCUUGCUAUUACUACCCAAAUCUGAUCCUGUUACAACCACAAACUGAAAUCUAUUUUAUCGGGAGUUUAUGUGAUACAACAAAAUUGUUCAUAAUUGUGAGGGGAAAGGGAAUGGUGCAAGGUUUUCACAGUUUCCACAAGAAUUCAGAUUGGAUGAAGAGUGACUGCACAUACACUUUCAAGUCUUACUACAGAUUCUCAAUUGAGCUUAGGGCUGGACAUUGACUAGGCCGUUCUACCGUGAAUAUGAUUAGAUUUAUAUAGUCCAUUGUAGUGUCCAGUCUUUGCAACCUAUUUCUUGUUUUUCCUUGUGGGCUAGUUUUAUCAACCCACGAUCAAUGUCCUGGUAAGAAAAGUAUCUGCACCAUCAUGAUGCACCAUGGAAAUUGUGCUACAAUGGCAGAUGUCAUCAUAUGCAUUACAUUUGGAUUUUAUGUGGACUGCGUUUGUAUUCAAAUAUUAUGUUUUCGUAUUUAUUCUGAUACCACUAAAUAAGAUCCAGUGCGACUGUCGCUCUAAACAUUUGACAAGCAGUGGGAAGGUUCUACUCGUGUGCAUAUUUUUGCAAGACACUGUACGUGAUGCUGUUUUUAGUAGUGCAUUCCACAAAUCUGAUGCACAAAAUGGAGGAGACUGUAGUCGUAUGAGAUCCCCGUGUGAUGGGAUGCUGCUAAACACAAGGACAAAGACAAUAGUGACAUUGCCAAAUAUUUCGAUGGCUCGAGAUGAGGUGCGGCUCGUUCGCAGAUGUGAAACGGUCCCGCUUCUUUGGACUCGCGCAGAUUAGUCUCACCGAGCAGCUCUGAUGACUCAUCCUGAAGGCAGACAGCGUUCAGUCAGAACAGCCUUAAUGCCUCUUCUCUGCCCCUCUGUAUAUAUAGCAAGGGAUGACUGAGCCUUGUCUGUGCUGGAGAUUGUUUCACCACUAGAGCAAAAAUGGAAGUAUUCUUUUCUUCUCUCCUGUCUGUGCGUGCUACCGUUCCUCUGAGAUCCAGGAAAAAAAAGAAAAA